UUUGCCACCACGACCGUUUUCAAAUGCGGCGUAAGUCACACCCCGGCGCAAGAUAGAGAAACCCUCGAAUUCAAAACUGGCUGUAAAACCCUAACUCCCACAAAAACCCUCACAACGAUCAAAAGAUUAGGGAUUUUAUUUUCUUCCUCUCAUUCCCUCUCCUCCAAAUCUCAAACCAAAACCUCGAUUUCCAUUCAUCGCGAUGGACGAACUACUAAUCCAGUCCCCUCUCCAACCAAAACCCCCAUCUUUCCCUCCUCAAACAAACCCAAACCACGAAUCCCUCCUCAAAGAAUCCAUACACCGCUUCUUCCACGAAUCCCAGCGCAAGAAUCGCGAUUUCUCGAGUUUCCGUUCGAUUUUCUUUCGAUUGCUGCAAUCCAGUGCUGAUCCACCUCUCGAAAUCAUCUGGUUUUACGCCGCAGUAACCUUUCAUGAGUUAAAUUCCUCCAAGGAAGAAGUUUCGAGUAGGAUCUCGUCGUCGAAAGACCUUCUCCAGCUGAUUGUGGCCUGUUCAGCUUCAUCCAACGGCCUGAAAUGCAUUGCCCUGCUCGCUCCCGUCAUAUUCGAGCUGCAUUCUGCUAUAACUGGAUUCGAGAAGAUAUCAAAGAAGACGGUGAGAGAAAUUGAGUGUUUGGUCGAAGGAAUUGUCGGUUACAUCAGCAUUUGUAGUAGCAAGGAUUUCAGUGGAGAAGACGGUUCAGGCAAUUUGAAGUGUUUUGCUGACUUGGUUCGUGUUUGGACGGCGGAUGGUCUGGAUGGGAAUUGGGAUGUUGUGGGAGGCUUGAAGGUGUUCUUUCCACUCGUUAGUGAUGAAAUUAGGGACAGGUUGAGUGAGGAAGGUUGUGGUGUUGGGUACUUGGCUGGUGCCGUCACUGUUCAGGCAUUUCUGUUGAGGUUGUUUUUGAAGGUUCGGAAUGGAGGGUCAAAGGUGGAAUUGGCGAACGAAUUGAAGGUUUGGGCAGUUGGUUCGAUCACUGGUUUUCGGAACUGUGUGUUUUUUGAUAUGCUGAUGAGAUUGCUGCUGGAGCCAACUUUGCCAGUCAUCUCUCUAUUGGGUUCUGAAGAUGAAUCCCUUUUACGAGAAGUUCUGUAUGAUGCUGUGAUAUCAGUGGAUUAUUCUUUCCUUAAUCCUGAAACAACAAUGGAACAAUAUGAUGACCGCAUGAUAAGUCUUGCGAUGACACAGUUGAUUGCUGCCCAUGAAGCUAUACGGGCUGCACGGGCAAAGGGGGAUCAAAACAAAGCAAUUUCAUAUAUUAAUGCGUUUUCCAGAUCACGGCUACCAUCCAAGUUAAUUAAGUGGGCCAUUGGUCACUUUGGCAUUGAGAAAAUGAGUAGACCAAGGGCUUCCACACCCCAAGCGCUCCUCAAGUGGCUACUCAAUCUUGAAGACCAAGGGUUGAGAGUGUUUGUACACGAAAUCUCAAAGUUCCGCACCAAGUUGGUGUUUGAUGAGUCGAAAGCAGAUUAUGAGCACCCAAUAUUUAAGCUAGACACAAAGCGAUCUGACAAUGAAAUCUUCUACAUUGAUAACAAAGGAGAAGGGGAAGACAAAGUUAAGGAAGAGGAUCAGGAGAUGCAGUCCAUGGACACUGCAUUCAUGGCCGCUGCGCGGACAAUGAAAUUCACAGCAAAUGAUGGAAGGAGGAAACGCAAAGACGGAAGAAAGGGAGAAGGGAAAACCAAAGUUAAAUUCCUCAAAUACAAGCUCCAGGAUAGUUACCUGAAAGAGAACUCUUGUUUGGGCGUUGAUGGCAUGAGUAGUGGGAGCGACGUGGAGAAUCCGGAUGAAGACAUGGAAGAAAUGGAGCAAUAGGUUGAAGCGGAGAGAUGCAGUCGGGGA